UACUGCGAAAAUGGACAUUGAGAACAAUUUUAUUGGUGAUUUUUUAAACGAUUUAGCCUAUAUUACGGACAAUGAAAGUAGCUCAGAGUCAAGUAAUGAAGAAGAAGACGAAGCAUACGCAAAACAAGUGAGAACAUAUCGUAGGAGCAAGUUAAUCCCGUUUUACAACACUCGCAAGGACAUCUUCACCUACUUUGAGGAAGAAAAGUUGAUCAAGACUUUCAGAUUUGACCGGGCAUCAAUUGAAAUUAUUCUAAGCUUAAUUGUUCACCUCUUGCCCAAGCGAAAGACCAAAGCUAAGCGGAACCUGGAGCCAAUUGACAUGCUAUUAGUAACACUGCAAUUCUAUGCCACAGGCACCUUUCAAAGUGUGGUUGGCAAUGUGUUACGCUACAGCCAAUCAUCAGUUUGUCGCUCAAUAUCCAUUAUUUCAUUGGCACUGGCUAUGAUAUCAAAAAAAAAGAUAGCAUUUCCAGCUGACCUUCUUACGUUGAAAAGAGAUUUUUAUGAGAUCGCUCGGAUGGCUGGUGUUGUUGGCUUUAUAGACGGCACGCACAUAAGGAUUGUGAGGCCCCAAAAUCACGAAAAAAAUUAUGUCAACCGCAAGAACUAUCAUUCUCUGAAUGUUCAGGCUAUUUGUGAUGCCAAUCAUCGUUUUCUCAGUGUUUGUGCAACAAAACCAGGGUCUUGCCAUGAUUCCACAAUAUUUAAAGGCAGUAUAAUUGGCAAGAAGUUUGAGUCUGGCCAAUUUGGAGAGCCUUUUCUGUUGGGAGACAGUGGAUAUUCCAACACCACCUUCCUGCUUACUCCUUAUUCCAAUCCUAUUCAGCCAUAUGAGGUUCGAUUCAAUCGCUCUCACAAGUCAACUAGAUGCACAAUCGAGAGGGCAUUUGGAGUGCUAAAAAAGCGCUUUAAUUUGCUGCACGGCGAGAUUAGAAUGAGCCCCACAAAGGCAUCUUGGAUUACGGUUGCUUGUUGUGUCUUACACAACAUAGCGAUUGACCGGAAAAUGCCUCUUGAUGAUCCAGAGUUGGAUGAAAUAGAUGACGAAGUCGCUCACUGCCAUCCUGCCCAGUCUGUUUCUGAUGUCUGAGCUCGUCAGUUGGGCAGUGCUAAAAGACAAAGAAU